ACGUUUGCUCAUCUAACUGUCGAAUUUUGAGUUCAAUUGAAGCCACAAGUUCUUUUUCAAUUCUGUGAUAACUGACUGUAAUCGUUAUCAAAUUGUGUACCGUGUAUUCUUUUUGUUGAUCAAGUUCUAGUAUUCUACAGAAAUGCGCGAGGUAAUGUCCAUCAACGUGGGCCAGGCCGGGUGCCAGAUCGGGAACGCCUGCUGGCAGCUGUUUACGCUCGAGCACGGCAUCCAGCCGGACGGAACAAUGAGCGAAAAGGUUCCAAACGACGAGAAUAUGGCGGCCUUUUUCCUGAACACCGACUCGGACAAGGUCGUGCCGCGGAACAUCUUCAUCGACCUGGAGGAGUCGGUGGUGUCGGACUUUCGAAACGGACCGUACAAGUACCUGUACCAUCCGCAGUACAUGAUCACGGGGAAGGAGGACGCGGCGAAUAACUACGCGCGUGGGCAUUACACCGUGGGGAAGCAGAUCAUCGAGCAGGUUUGCAACACGAUCCAGAAAUUGGCGGAACAGUGCGAUGGGCUGCAGGGGUUCUUGGUGUUUCACUCGUUUGGGGGAGGCACGGGGUCGGGGUUUACGUCGCUGUUGAUGCAGCGAUUGGCCGCUGAUUACGGGAAGAAGUGCAAGCUGGAGUUUGCGGUUUAUCCGUCGCCGAAGAUCUCGACGGCCGUCGUUGAGCCGUACAAUUGCGUGCUUUCGACGAGCACUACGAUGACGAACUCGGACUGUUGCUUCAUCAUGGACAACGAGGCCACGUACGACAUUUGCUCGAAAAAUCUCCAGAUCGGUCGUCCGGAUUAUCAUCACUUGAACGCGUUGGUCGCCCAAGUGGUCUCGUCCGUAACGGCCUCGCUACGCUUCAAGGGAACCAUGAACGUCGAUCUGAACGAGUUCCAGACGAACCUGGUCCCCUAUCCCCGUGUCCACUACCCGUUAGUUUCGUACGCUCCACUCCUAUCCGCAUCCAAAGCCCAGCAUGAGUUCUCGUCCGUGGCGGAGAUUACCAACGCCUGCUUCGAGCCGGCCAACAUGAUGGUCAAGUGUGACCCCCGGCACGGCAAGUACAUGGCCUGCUGCAUGCUGUACCGCGGGGACGUCGUUCCGAAGGACAUCAACAGUGCCAUCACGAGCAUCAAGGCCAAACGGCACAUCACCUUCGUGGACUGGUGCCCGACGGGGUUCAAGAUCGGAAUCAACCAGCAGGCGCCGACGGUGAUGCCGGGUGGAGAUCUGGCCAAACCCAAGCGGGCCGUCUGCAUGCUCUCGAACACGACGGCCAUUUCGGACGCGUGGGCGCGGGUUAAUCAACAGUUUGAUCUGAUGUACAAGAAGCGGGCGUUUGUCCAUUGGUACGUGGGAGAGGGUAUGGAGGAGGGCGAGUUUAGCGAGGCGCGUGAGGAUUUGGCCGUACUGGAGCGAGACUACGAGGAAGUUGCUGGUGAUACGGUCGACGAGGCUUUAGAAGGCGGAGAGGGCGGUUCGGAUUAUGAGUAUUGAAGGUCGAAGAGUUGAGUUGAGUGUUGUAUCUGAGGAGUAGAUGCGUGUUUUUUUUUUUGUUUGUUACAAAUAUUAUUUUGUUAUGUAGUGUAAGCUAAACUUAGGUGUUGUUUAAAUAUACAAUUCUACCGAGUAAAUGU